AUGUCCAUCGUGUCUCCCAAAGCGAAGCCCACAGCCUGCGAUACUUGUCGAAGAUUAAACAUUCAGUGUAAUCUAGACAACUACAUCGAUGACUGUGAGAGAUGCACCAGUCUAGGAGAAAGAUGCUUCAUCACAGAUGAUUACAACAUUACUAUUCAUAAAGUUCCCCAGAGAACGCUUCACAAUCUCAACAGUACGGAGGUUAUAUAUCAACUGGGAGCUCUGGGUAUGGAAUUACACAACAAGCAAUCAGACGGGAAAAAUACACACGCUAUUGUUGAUGCAUUUGUCUCUAAGUUUGAGGGGAUAUCAGAGGAGGCUAUCAACUAUCCAGAAGUUCAAGGGUUCUUGGCUUACCACCUCUCGGGACUCAUUAUGUGGUUUAAGAACAACCCCGACCAUCAAGUAUGGAAUGUUGCCCUAUAUGAUCAGAAGACUAGGCAAUCACUUAAAAAAUUAAGCGAUAUCUUGAAAUCCCUCCAAUACCCACGAUAUUCGAACAGCGCAUCUUGCUUUGCAUGGCUACUUAACACCAUUGAUUCUGAGGGGCAAAAUCCUAGUGACUCUCUUUCAGACAACCACAAUCAAGCACACACAACCUCCUCUGACCCCGCGAAUGAGCCCGAACGCAGACUGUCUGCAGAUAUACAGGCUGGAGAAUCACAGGCUGGAGAAUCGCAGGCUAGAGAAUCGCAAGCUGAAAGCUUACAAGCUGGAGACUUACAAGCUGGAGACUUACAAGCUGGAGACUUACAAGCUGGAGACUCACAAGCUGGAGAAUUGUAG